CACAGAUCAGCUUCUGUUCUGUGAUUGGUGGCUUUCUUUCCAACAGGAAGUUGUGAACAGAGUUUAAAAGUUGCUGCAGGACUGCAGACAUUCAGAGGAAGCUGGACCAGCAAUGGCUCUUCUGAAGGUUCUGCUGCUGCUGGGUCUGGGUGUUUCAGUGAACUCAGGUGUUUCUCUGAAGAAGAGAAUCAUUGGAGGUCAAAACUGUCAAGACACGGAGCGUCUUUAUCAUGUUCGACUGGAGAGCAGCAAUGGUACUCAAAUGAGGCGCUGUGGAGGAUCUCUGAUCCAACCAAAGUGGAUCCUGACUGCAGCUUACUGCUAUAACUCAGAGCCAGGAUGGACUAACACAGCAUUCUUAAAAGUUCAUCCACGGACUGUUAUACAGUACCAUCAGGUAAUCCGAGACGCUCCUUUGAUUUACCACCCGGACCAUGAUAUCAUUUUGCUGAAGCUUCAUACACCAGUACCAGAUGUCCCACUUGUUCGGCUACCAGACUGCAGGUAUCGUCUUAAAAGAAACGAUCUUGUUAAGCUGGCAGGAGAGGGAGCAACGACAACCGGCCCCAAUAAUCAGCGAUUACCCUUUAUUGCUCUUCCAGCACAACUUCAGUGUGUUGACAUGAUAGUUGUUCAGGCUUCCGGCUUCAUCCCGAAAUACGGGCAUGUAUUCUAUGCUUCAGCACAGAACAAGGAUAUAUGUUAUGGCGACACUGGUGGAGCAGUGCUGAACUACAACAUGAUUUAUGGUGUGAUUUCUCAUGGUGGAUCAGAUGCAUGUCAGAGACCAGUUGCAAUCAUGGAUGUGUGUGAAUACAAGGAGUGGAUUAGAAGAAGAACUGGGAUUUAAUAAAACAGAAACUAUCAUGAAAUAAAAUUCUAAUCAAAUUUA